AUGCCUCUCAACCCCCAAGCCGUUUACUCUAGAUCGCGCCCCGAUUUCGCUCCCUUUGCGAGUCGGAGGAGCACGGUGCAUAGUACAAAUGGCAUUGUGUCUUGUACGCAGCCAUUGGCGGCGGCUGCGGGCCAAAGGAUUCUCAUGGAAGGAGGAAAUGCUGCUGAUGCUGCGGUAGCUGUGGCCGCCGCGUUGAACGUCAGCGAACCAUCGUCGACUGGUAUUGGCGGGGAUAUGUUCUGUCUCUUCUACGAGGCCAAAACAAAGAAGGUUCAUUCGCUCAAUGGUUCUGGUCGCUAUCCUGGCAAUGUGACGCUUGAGCAAGUGAGAAAAGACUUGAACCUUGGCCCGGAUGAGAAGAAGAGCAUCCCCAUGCCCAGCGUGUUGGCAGCAACCACGCCGGGAGCAGCUGCAGGCUGGGUAGACACGGUGGAGAGGUUUGGGAGUGGCAAGCUAUCUUUGGAGCAGAUCCUAGCGCCUGCCAUUGACAUGGCAGAGAAAGGAUUCAUUGUGUCCGAAUUGGCUUCUUAUUUUUGGCAAGAAGGCGAGGAAUUGAUUCGAAAUGCCUCACCAAAUUUCCGCGAACUUCUUAAGCCGGACCCUAACGCCAAGGAUGGAGUCAGAAGCCCUCGUCCAGGUGAAAUCAUGAAGAAGCCAGGGUUGGCAAAGGUCUUCCGGCUGCUCGCCGCGGAGGGCAAGAAGGGCUUUUACGAAGGCCCAGUUGCAGAAGCGAUUGUCCAAGUGGUUAAGGAUUUGGGCGGAUAUCUGAGUCUGGACGAUCUCAAAUAUCAUGCCGAGACGGGAAGCCAGGAAACUGAAGCGAUCUCCCUCAAGUUCACAGGACAAGACAUUGUGAAGAAACAGACCCCGGGAACGGAUGGUGAAACCAAUGAGGGCGUCGAAAUCUGGGAGCACCCGCCCAACGGCCAAGGCAUCGUGGCCCUCAUGGCCUUGGGCAUCCUAGAGGAGCUGGAACGCACGGGAAAGAUUCCCCUGUUCACCGAGGACCAGCACAACUCGACCGAAUACCUGCACGCUAUUAUCGAGAGUCUUCGGAUUGCUUUUGCUGAUGCUGCCUGGUGGGUGACCGACCCGGAUGUGGAAAAGGUGCCCUCGAAGGAGCUGAUCUCACGGGAAUACUUGGCCGAGCGCGCGAAAUUGUUCAACCCUGAGAAGGCGGCAGACAUCGUUGAUCAUGGCAGCCCCGCCCACAACCACUGCGAUACCGUCUAUCUGGCUGUAACCGACAAGGAGGGCAACGGGAUCUCCUUCAUCAACAGUACCUACUCCGGAUUCGGGACCGGCAUUAUUCCCCAAGGAUGUGGCUUUACGCUGCAGAAUCGCGGCGCGAACUUCUCGCUGGAUCCUGGCCACCCUAACGCUCUGGCUCCUCGGAAGCGACCCUACCACACCAUUAUUCCGGCGAUGAUCACCAACUGCUCGGACGGCUCUCUUCACUCGGUCUACGGUGUUAUGGGCGGAUUCAUGCAGCCCCAAGGCCACGUCCAGGUCCUGCUUAACAUGGUUGCGUUCAACUACCAUCCUCAAGCGGCCCUUGAUGCGCCGCGAAUCUGCAUCGCCGCUGGAUCUUCCGAGUCAGGUAACCGAACGGUCUACGUCGAGGAAGGAAUCAGCGAGGAGACUGUUGAAGGCCUCAAGCGCCUUGGACACGAAAUUCAAGUCCUGAAGGGAUGGGAGAGGGGCAUGUUUGGCCGAGGACAGGUCAUUCGUUGUCACCACGACGAUGGCCAUCUGAUUUACAGUGCUGGCAGUGACCCACGAGGAGAUGGAAUGUCGAUUCCUGUGGUAUAA